UCUCGCGCACCCGCCGAAGUCCGUACCCGAGCAGAGGCGUCAUCGGUCAGCGCUGCGAGUUGGCAGGGGUCUUGUUCUCAGGACUUUCCAUUUUUAAAAUAUCCUCCAACAGUCUCAAGUGUUUUUAAAACGCCAGAAACGACCUGAAAAACAACAAGUGAAUAAGUCUUAAGUUUUUUUUAUUUUUUAUCCUCCUUGUAGUCAACCUGAAUCGGUUUAUGUGAUUUACUGAAUUUGAGCGUCCAUCCCUGGUUGUCACCGCGGUGUGUAUUUAACGCUGCCUGGGCUACUUUUUCAUUUCUUGCGGGGUCCAGUUUGUGUGCGACAGUGGGAGACGGUUUGUUUGGAGGCUUUAAGCAUCAGAAAGGCUGGUAGUCUACAGCAGGAGACAAAAAAAACCUCGACUACUCACAGGAAAACUACUUAAGUUGUCACCAAUGGAGCUCCGACUGACCAAUACUCUGAGGGCUGGCUUCAUCUUAAUCAUCCUCCACUCCACAUUUUCAAGUGAAAAUGACUGGGACUUUUGUGGCACCUGGCGACAUGGCAGUGGUUCCCUGAGCCUGAACAUCAACCUGUCUACAGGCUGUAAUCAGAUCUUAAUAUCAGCCAAUGAGAGCUCUCUGUCCAUCAGUGGACAGAUCACGGCUCAGUGUGCACGGUCUGAGGUGAUUCUCCUCAACCAGUAUGGACUUGAUUCAAGGGGGGAAAGUCACUUCUGUCUGUACUGGGAGCCAUUGCGGGACCAGAUGAAAUUGCAGGUUGGAGGAGAGAACUUUAUUCUAUGCGAGCCCAUUGGCCUGCCAGACUCCUGUUGCUCUGAGCUGUCUAAUGACCAAAACUUCCCAGAAGCAACCUACGGCAUUGUCAAUGGAAUGAUCAAAAGUGAUUUAGUCACCGAUAAAACACUGACAGCCUACGUGUUCAAUGGAACCCACAAAAGCUGCAAAACAUUGUGUCCUAAUACGAGCCAGGAAGACAACAUGUUGAAGAAUACCCCCUGUGCUCGCAGCUCUGAGGUGGAGAUGAAGGAGGAUUUCAGAGGCUACAACAUCACUUCGCCUGUCAUGAAAGAUGCUCCUCCAGAGUCCGUUACCUCUGUCCAUCUGCCCCCUGCUCUAAAACAAGCUGCAAAGAACAAUAAGAAAGUAGUCUGCACCUUCUUCAAAAACAACUCCCUGUUCCAGGAGGGUCACAAAGAGGGCAUCAUUCUCAAUGACGUGGUAGGAAUCACCGUGGAGAACGAGGUCAUCAGAGAUCUGCCUGAGCCAAUCAAGAUCAGUUUCCACCAUGAUGUCAUUCCUAAAACACAUUCAAGGAAAUGUGUCUCAUGGGACACCAGGAAAGAUCCGAUGAAGGUGAAUUGGUUGGUUGACGGGUGUGAGACACAGGGGAAAGGACCAAAACACACCGAGUGCCACUGUGACCACAUGACUUACUUCUCUGUCCUAGUGCAACUGGAGGCUCGACCAGUGCGCCACCUCCUGGCACUGACCACCAUUACAUCUCUGGGUUGCGCCGUGUCAGUGAUCAGCUGUAUCGCUCUCAUCAUCUUCCUCUUCAGGAGGAGCAGGCGAUCUAAUGAGCAGUCCAUACCCAUCCACUUGGGCUUAGCUGUUUCCCUCACCCUCCUCAAUCUGCUCUUCUUCUUCACCGGGAUCCUGGCCAACGUGGGAGGGCAAGGUGUGUGCGUCUGGGUGGGGGCCGCCCUUCACUACGCCCUGCUCAGCUCCUUCGUCUGGAUGGGCAUAGAGGUUUUCCACACCUUCUGGUUGGUCUGCAUGGUUUUCAACCCCUCCCCGAAGCCGUACAUCUGGAACCUGGUCGGCUACAUUCUCCCUGCUGUUCCUAUCAUCAUCCUGGCUGCAGUGGGUGACGUCUAUGGCGUGAGAGAGGUGGUGCCAAGCGAUGACGUAUCCAAUCCUUAUCUGAUGUGCUGGAUGAAAAACAACAAAAAGGCCUGGCUGGCGCAUUAUUUCACCAAUAUGACGGUCCUGGCCAUCCUGGUGAUCUCGGGCAUUGUGAUGCUGGUCCUGGUCUACAGGGAGAUUCACACCAGGAACGAAUGGAAGCAGAACCGUGUCGCAUUUCUCAGUAUCUGGGGCCUCAGCUGCCUCUUCGGGACAACUUGGGGUCUCACCUUCCUGGACUUCACACCUCUCUCUGAUUGCAUUCUCUUCCUCUCCUGCAUCCUCAAUUCAUUUCAAGGCUUCCUCCUGAUGCUGCGCUUCUACAUGCUGGACUGGAUGCGGAAACAGGCUGGCGGCUCUGGCCUUGGCAGUACCAGCACCGGAUCCACCAGACAUCAUAUGCUACAGGAGAAGAGCUAGAUGGAUUAAAAGGAUGUGGCACGUGUCACACAGGUAGACUCAAAGCUUCAGCAGUUAAGGUUUGUCAUGCACCAGCAUUAACAUCAACCAUCAGUUAGUUACCUCUUGGUGCCAUUUGACAAGCGACUUGAUUACUUGAUUCCACUCUGGGUCAGUGGAGAGGAAAUAACACAAACCAUCACUCAGGACUCAUAAUACAAGCCUGGAGCUUGUAUAUGUGUAUAUGUAAAAUACCUAGACUGGGUCUAGUUAAAGAAGGGAAAGAGAUUAGGGAUUAAAGAUUUUAAAAAUGUAAAAUGAAGACAAUAUAAGUCUUCAUUUCCAGACAAAAAAACAUGGGGAAAUUUAAUAAUUGCAGCUUAUUGCACUGUGAUUGCUUUUGUAUCAGCUGUAAAGAAAAAAAUAUAUAUUAUUAUCGAAUUGCUGUCAUUUUUUGAACCGUAGAUAAGCUUUUUAAUUUUGUACUUUGUUUUGUAGCUAUUUUUAAAGGACCAGUCUGUAAGAUUUAGUGGCAUCUAGCAGAACUGACUUGGCAGAAAUGGAAUAUAAUAU